AUGUCAUCAAGUGCUGCUCCUCUUGACCCUGCGGCGCAGGCCGCAGCGGAGGCCACCAUAGAGGCAGCUCGCCGAAUGACGAUCGAGGCAUGGACUCUUUACGGGAUCGGAAUGGUUGUGACCAUGCUCAGAACGUAUGCUCGAGCAAAGGCAGUGGGAUUCCGGAACUUUCGGCCUGACGAUUAUCUCGCCUGGGCUGCUGCUCUUUUCUACACAGUUCAGUCAACCCUGGCCUACGAGGUUGGCAAUGUUGCCCAAGGCCUUGCAAACAGCGGCAUGACAGACGAAGAGCGUGCAGCUUUGUCUAUCACUGAUCCUGAGUACGGAAUGAGAAUCAUUGGGUCAAAAAUUCAGGUUGCGGGCUGGACAACGUAUUCAGCGUUGAUCUGGUUGCUAAAGCUGUCCAUGUUGUUUUUCUACCUCAGACUUACAGAAGGCCUCGGUCGCCGUUAUCGAUUACGUAUCUGGAUUGGAUUUGGCCUCGUCCUCGCAACUUUCAUUGCAUCCAUGGGCUCCGUCUUUCUAUCCUGCAUUCCUUUCAACAAAUACUGGCAAAUCAACCCAGACCCUGGAAACGCAUGUCAAGCCGCCAUCUCCCUGCCAAUCAUCUGGACUUCGUUCGCUGCCAACGUCUCGACUGACAUUUACUUGAUUUUGAUUCCCAUACCUUUGCUCUGGGAAUCCACGUUGAGACUUGUAAAGAAAAUCGCAUCAACCAUUGUCCUUGGUGCCGGCAUUUUUGUCCUAGUCUGUGCCACCUUGAAGAGUAUUUUUGUCCUGGUGGAUCCCGUCAAUGGGGCCCAGCUAGCCGGUACAUGGGGCACGCGUGAAACAUUUGUUGCGGUUGUUACCACAAAUCUCCCUAUGAUCUUCCCCCUUAUCCGAACCUGGCUGAAGCCUAUGUGGCCCAGUAUACUGCGCUCGUCGAAAAAGGCGUAUACGACGCCUAGUGGCUUUCAAACCAUUGGUGGCGGUAACGGGCAGUCUCGCAGUCGCGACCGUCGUACGGCACCCUCGAGUGCAAACCCACUCACCGCAAACUCGGCAUUUACGGAGAGUGAAGAAAGGAUCAUGAAUGAUGUCAAGAUGCAGAAUAUCAAGAAUUUGGCAUGGCCAACCCUCGGAAGUAGGCCACACAAUGGAAUUGUGGUGUCCAACGAGGUUGAGAUUACUACUGAAGAUAGGACCAGCCAAUUCGGAGGGCAGCGACCCCAACGUGCUCAUGAGGCCUGGUAG